UUAUUUACUCUAAAACAAUCCGUGCUAUGAAGCUUCCGCUCAAUGUGUGGCCGCCGUGGAAGAACAUAUUAAAGCACCGAUCGAUCUCCGCGUAUAAUCUAGGAAAUACGGUGAUGAAUUUGAUCAGAUCAGUAGUGGUUCUGCAGGUGAUGAUCUUGCUUAACGUUAUAUUGACGGUAAAAGCUUCAACUCCACCAAUGGCAAAACCCGGCUGCCAAAGCAGCUGCGGCGAUGUUAUCAUCCCGUUCCCGUUCGGUUCCGGCGGCGAAUGCAACAUCACCGAAGAAUUUUUCAUCACAUGUGACACAAACUUCGUACCCAACAAACCAUUCUUGACAAACAGUAACAUCGAAGUGCUCAACAUAUCUCUCGACGGUCAGUUGCGCAUCCUCAGUAACUCAAGCUAUGAUUGUUACAACACAUCGGGUGACAGGGAAUGGUUUUAUCAGUGGCUCCAACUUUCCGAAUUUUCAAUCAACAGUAACAAGAACAAGUUCACUGCAAUCGGGUGCGACACCUAUGCUCGUGUGGAAGGUUUCCUCGGACAACGUUAUGCAACCGGCUGCUUGUCGUUGUGUAAUAACAUCACCGAUGUUUCAAGCGGGUCUUGCUCUGGGAUCGGCUGCUGUCAGACGAGUAUCCCAAAGGAUGUGAGGAGCUAUAACAUCACGCUCGAAAGCUACGACAACCAUGUCGCUGUAUUGCCCGAAAAUCCUUGUAGCUAUGCAUUUGUUGCAGAGACUGAUAACUAUACCUUCUCUAGUUCAGACAUCCGUGGUUUUGAUUUUCAAGACAGGAGGUUUCCGGUCACUCUGGAUUGGAACAUCGGGGAUACGAGUUGCGAUGAAGCGAAGACGGAUACUGUGAAAUUCGCAUGCAGAGAAAAUAGCGCUUGUGUUGAUUCGGAAAGUAAUUCUGGAUAUUUCUGCAAGUGCUUUGACGGUUACAUGGGGAACCCUUACCUCCCCGGUGGGUGUCAAGAUAUAAACGAGUGUGAAGCUAUGAAUCCUUGCAAUGGAACUGCAAGAUGUUUCAAUUUACUCGGGACAUAUAAUUGUUCAUGUCCGGUGGGCUAUGAAGGUGAUGGUAGGAAAAAUGGAACGGGUUGCAGUUUGCCGGAGAAGCGUCGGUCUAACAGAUCUCCCCUUAUUGAUGUUGCUCUAGGUACUAGCAUUGGGUUUCUUGGUCUCAUCCUGGGAAUAGUAUUGGUGUACUGGGUGCUCAGGCAAAGACAGAUUACCAAACUUAGGGAAGAAUACUUCCAGCAGAACGGUGGAAUUUUGUUGCGCGAACAGCUUUCGAUACGACAAGGUUACCGUGAAGAUGUUAAGAUAUUUGCAGCUGAAGAACUCGAAAAUGCCACAAACAAUUACCAUGAAAGCAGAAUUUUAGGACAAGGAGGGCAGGGGACAGUUUACAAGGGAAUAUUAGCUGAUAAUCGAACAGUUGCGAUUAAAAAGUCGAUAAUCGGAGAUCCUAGCCAAGUUGAACAAUUCAUUAAUGAAUUAAUGGUGCUCUGCCAAAUCAACCACAGGAACGUUGUUAAACUCCUAGGAUGUUGUUUGGAGACACAGGUUCCACUUUUAGUCUAUGAAUAUAUCACUAAUGGAACCCUGUUUCACCAUCUGCAUAAUGAUGAUGAUGUCUCUUAUCUUCCGUGGGAGACUCGUUUGAGAAUCGCCACCGAAACGGCAGAAGCGCUUUCUUAUUUACACUCCGCCGCUUCUGUUCCGAUCAUUCAUCGGGACAUCAAGUUGGCUAACAUACUGUUAGACGAUAAUUACACCGCAAAAGUUUCUGAUUUCGGGGCUUCAAGACUGAUCCCAUCCGACCAGGCACAAAUAACUACAAUAGUGCAAGGAACUUUCGGCUACUUGGAUCCUGAGUACAUGCACACAAGCCUUUUGACCGGAAAAAGCGAUGUAUAUAGCUUUGGGGUUGUGCUUAUAGAGUUACUAACAGGACAAAAGGUAGUCUGUUUCAAAAGAUCUGAAGAAAAACGAGUCUUGGCAAUGUACUUUGUUUCAUUGAUGAAAGAAGACCGCCUUGUCGAAAUUCUCGAUCAUCGGGUGGUUAACGAUGAAAACAUUGAGGUGCUUAAGGAAGUUGCAGCUUUGGCUAGGAGAUGUGUGAGAGUGAAGGGAGAGGAAAGGCCAACAAUGAAGGAGGUUGCCCAUGAAUUAGCAGGAAUGAAAGCAAUGCCUAAACAUCCUUGGAGUGGAAGUAAGUUAACCGGAGAAGAAGCUGAAUACUUGCUGGGUGACUUGAUCAGCACGUACAAUGAUGGUGCAACGAGCAGCUCGAUGGGGUACGAUAGCAUUAAUAACAAAAUCACGUUUGAACUUGACGGUGCUCGUUGAUUAUGGAAUUUAGAUUUUCGUUUUUACA